AUGCUUCCCUCACACGUGUUGUCGUUCGGCGUCGGAACUUUCACUGACAUUAUUGCCGUCCAAGGAUUCUGUGCAAUGACUUCAGCAUGCAUAUUGUUCUUCACCUGGCUGUAUCAGAUCACUUUCUUCGCAGGACUCAUGGUGAUUUCGGGCAAGGUGGAGUUGGCCGGCAGAAAUUCAUGUCUACCUUGUAUCAAGGUGAGCUCCCGUUUUUCAGCGAUAGUGCAAGAUUCACCACUAGUAAAAAGCGAUUUCUAG